UCUUCGAGCAAUAGCUGCAACAUCACAGCACAGCAGCCAUCCAUCUCCCCUUCUUUCCAUCAAAUCCUCUCUCUCUCUCUCUCUCUGUGAUACCUGGGGGAGAAGGAAUGGAGAGAAGAAAAUUAAAGGAAUCCCCACCCUCCACGGAGUUCAUCUCUCCUCUCUCUCUCCUCCCCCCCUAUCUUUCUACCUGAUGGCCCAGCUGGACCAGGAGUUAUGUGAUGGAAGGAAACCAAAACCGAAACCAAUGCCAAGACCAAAACCAAAAGGAGAAGGAAAGAUAGGGUGUCUUGCAGAUAUGUGUACCAAAGCCAACCAAAUCGCUCUCUCGUUCUCCCACCCAAAACAAAACUACUGCCCCCCGACUUCCCAAAAUGCCCCUCUUCUGCCCGGGGAACUCUCCAGCUCCCUUCUAUCAAGGAAGAAGACUCCUAGUCCAGCUCCUGUUCCCGUUUUAUAUGGGGCCUUUCCUGCCCCUUUUGGUCACGGUCAGACAAAGAAAACAGGGCACGGAGCCUCCCUCUCCCUCUAUCUCCUCGCCUCUCUUUUCUUUGUUUCGUUCCAAGUUGGUGUCUUUUGGCCUUCCUCCUGGGGUUAUCUCUUUUUGCCCUCUCUCCUUCUCCGCCUUUUUGUCUUUCUGAGGGUGGGUGAUGGUGAUGAAGAAGGGAAGAAAGGUGGCUGUGGAGGCUUCUCCAUCGGCCUGUUUUUUGCUCGGGGAGGAGGCUCGGGCGUGGUUCAGGCACGAGAGCCUCUUGCAGGACUAUGAGGAAUUGCUAAAGGAAACUGAAGCAAAGAGGAAGCAAUUGCAAAAGGUUAAUCAAAAGAAGCUUAAGCUCCUUGCUGAAGUCAAAUUCUUGCGGAAAAGGUACAAGUGCUUAUCGAAGAAUCCAUUGCAGAAAACCACAUAUAGACUGAAAAAGCGGUCAUGCAAAAUCCCAUCCUCAGUGCUUGGCCAUGGUGAAGCACCAAGUCCGGUGAUUCAAAAUGAACUCCAUCAAAAAGAUAGAAGUUACAUUGUAAGAGAAGUUGCAGUCCCGAGCACUUCUGCAGUGUUAGACUUGAACCAGGCUUCCUUACCGUUGCAGAAUGGUGAGGAAAUGGAGGAGUUUCAAGGGGAACCGGAGUCCAUGAAGGUUGAUAAGUUGAACAAAGGUUUAACGGAGGGUGACCUUGUUGCAAAUGAUCUGAAGCUGUUGAUCUGUCGAGAUGUUGGGAAUGGAGUGAAGCGUGGUGGAAAGAGGAAAAUUACAUGGCAAGACCAGGUAGCUUUGAAGGUGUAGAACUCUUUAGUGUAUAGUGGAUGAAAAACUCAGUCUAUUAUGCCUCUCAUGAAUUUGCUGUGCUACAAAUCUUUCUAUUGUAAAGAAAAUUCAAUCAUUAGGUAUAGAUGUCUUAUGCAUGAAUAUUUUUAAGGCUGUGAUACAAUGCCUGUGCUAUGUAGAAUCAAUUCUUUCUUUUGUUGUUGAAAGGCUGUUCUCAAGAAUUCAUGGGGGCAGGUUGCUAAAUGGUCAUGUUGAUGGGUUUAAUACAUUUGGUGAAGCA